UGCCCAGCGGCUCCCGUCAAGAUGCCCACCGGCCGGGGCCUGGGCACGGCUCUGAAGAUGCUGGCCUUCGGGAGCAAACCCGCGUCCUGUGGCCGGUCGCCCCCAGGCCCCGUCCGCUCGCCGCCGUCGUCGUCGGGCUACAGGAAGGCGGACGAUGAGAUGUCCGGGGCCCCGUCGUCCGCGGACCCGGAGCAGCCGGCGGCCCGCACCAUUCACCUCAACCAGCCGCAGCCCACCAAGUUCCGCGACAACCGCGUCAGCACAGCCAAGUACAGCGUGGUGACAUUUCUACCUCGAUUCUUGUAUGAGCAGAUUAGAAGAGCUGCUAAUGCCUUCUUCCUCUUCAUUGCCUUAUUACAGCAAAUCCCAGAUGUAUCUCCAACGGGAAGGUAUACCACCUUGGUGCCACUGAUAUUUAUUCUAACAGUUGCCGGCAUCAAAGAGAUAAUAGAAGAUUAUAAACGGCACACGGCAGACAACGCAGUAAACAAAAAGAAAACAAUAGUGUUAAGAAGCGGUAUGUGGCAGAACAUCAUUUGGAAAGAGGUGGCUGUCGGAGACAUUGUGAAGGUCACCAAUGGGCAGCAUCUUCCGGCAGACAUGAUCAUUGUGUCCUCCAGCGAACCCCAGGCGAUGUGUUAUAUUGAAACAUCUAAUUUGGAUGGAGAGACCAAUCUGAAAAUACGACAGGGUUUGACUCAGACGGCAAAUCUGCAAUCCAGGGAGGAAUUGAUCAAAGUAACUGGAAAGAUAGAAUGCGAAGGCCCCAACCGUCACCUCUACGACUUUACUGGAAACUUGCGUUUGAAUGGGAACAGUCCAGUGCCGAUUGGGCCUGACCAGAUCCUUCUAAGAGGUGCACAGCUUAGAAAUACUCAGUGGGUGUUCGGAAUAGUUGUUUACACAGGACACGACACCAAACUCAUGCAGAACUCGACGAAAGCGCCUCUGAAGAGAUCGAAUGUCGAGAAGGUGACCAACGUGCAGAUCCUGGUUUUGUUCGGCAUCCUCCUGGUCAUGGCCUUGGUGAGCUCCGUGGGUGCCCUUCUGUGGAACAGAACGCACGGCCAAGUGAACUGGUAUCUCGGCACAACCGAGGCGGUCUCCAACAACUUUGGCUACAACCUGCUGACGUUCAUCAUCUUGUACAACAACCUCAUUCCCAUCAGUCUGCUGGUCACUCUCGAAGUAGUGAAAUUCACCCAGGCCCUUUUCAUAAACUGGGACAUGGAUAUGUAUUAUAUAGAAAACGAUACUCCAGCAAUGGCCAGGACGUCAAACCUUAACGAAGAGCUCGGACAGGUCAAAUAUCUGUUUUCCGAUAAAACCGGAACACUCACCUGCAACAUUAUGAAUUUCAAGAAAUGCAGCAUUGCUGGAGUAACCUAUGGCCACUUCCCAGAACUGGUAAGAGAGCGCUCCUCUGAAGACUUCAGUCAGCUCUCACCUCCUACUAGUGAAUCCUGCGAAUUCGAUGACCCAAGAUUGUUGCAGAACAUUGAAAAUGAUCACCCGACAGCUGCCUGUAUACAGGAGUUCCUCACUCUCUUAGCAGUCUGCCAUACAGUAGUCCCCGAAAGAGCUGGAAGCACCAUAAUCUACCAGGCCUCUUCCCCAGAUGAAGGGGCUUUAGUGAAAGGAGCCAAGAAACUUGGGUUUGUCUUUACAGGAAGAACUCCGCAUUCCGUCAUCAUUGAAGCACUGGGGCAAGAGGAAACCUUUGAAAUUCUCAACGUGCUGGAGUUUUCUAGUAACAGGAAGAGGAUGUCAGUGAUCGUACGAACUCCAACGGGGCAGCUACGCCUGUACUGCAAAGGCGCGGAUAAUGUGAUUUUUGAUAGGCUGUCAAAGAAUUCUCAGUAUAUGGAGCAAACGUUAUGCCACCUUGAAUAUUUUGCUACAGAAGGUUUGCGGACCCUGUGCGUCGCCUACGUCGACCUCUCCGAGAGUACCUACCAGGAAUGGCUGCAGACCUACAACCAAGCCAGUACGAUUCUCAAAGACCGAGCCCAGAGGUUGGAAGAGUGUUAUGAGAUCAUUGAAAAGGACUUACUGCUGCUCGGGGCUACGGCCAUUGAGGACCGCCUUCAGGCAGGUGUUCCGGAGACCAUUGCCACGCUGAUGAAAGCUGAAAUCAAAAUAUGGAUCCUGACCGGAGACAAACAGGAAACGGCCAUCAACAUCGGGUACUCCUGCCGGCUGAUAUCGCAGAGCAUGUCUCUUGUCCUGGUGAAUGAAGAUUCCCUAGAUGCUACAAGAGCGGCAUUGACUCAGCACUGUACAAGCCUCGGCGACUCGCUGGGGAAGGAGAAUGACAUCGCCCUGAUCAUCGACGGCCAGACCCUGAAGUACGCGCUGUCGUUUGAAGUGAGGCAGAGCUUUCUGGAUCUGGCGCUGUCCUGUAAAGCAGUCAUCUGCUGCAGGGUGUCUCCUCUGCAGAAGUCUGAGAUCGUCGACAUGGUCAAGAAGCACGUGAACGCCAUCACGCUGGCCAUCGGGGACGGGGCCAACGACGUGGGGAUGAUUCAGACGGCUCACGUCGGCGUCGGGAUCAGCGGGAAUGAAGGCAUGCAGGCCACCAACUCCUCUGAUUACUCCAUCGCGCAGUUUGCGUACCUGGAGAAGCUUUUGUUGGUUCACGGAGCCUGGAGUUACAAUCGAGUGACCAAGUGCAUACUGUACUGCUUCUACAAGAACGUGGUGCUCUACAUCAUUGAGCUCUGGUUUGCCUUCGUCAACGGAUUCUCUGGGCAGAUCCUGUUUGAACGGUGGUGCAUCGGCUUGUACAAUGUGAUUUUCACCGCCUUGCCUCCCUUCACCCUGGGGAUCUUUGAGCGGACCUGCACACAGGAGAGCAUGCUCCGGUUUCCUCAGCUCUACAAAAUCACCCAGAAUGCCGACGGCUUCAACACCAAGGUUUUCUGGGGUCACUGCAUCAACGCCUUGAUCCACUCCAUCAUCCUCUUCUGGUUCCCACUGAAAGUGCUGGAGCACGAUUCGGUGUUUACAAGUGGCCAUGUGACUGACUAUUUAUUCGUUGGAAACAUUGUGUACACGUACGUCGUGGUCACGGUGUGCCUGAAAGCUGGCCUGGAGACAACAGCCUGGACCAAAUUCAGCCAUCUGGCAGUGUGGGGGAGCAUGCUGCUGUGGCUGGUGUUUUUUGGGGUCUACUCAACCUUCUGGCCCGUCAUCCCCCUCGCCCCGGAUAUGGUCGGACAGGCACGAAUGGUGUUGCAGUGUGGACACUUCUGGCUGGGUCUGUUGCUGGUGCCCAUGACCUGCCUGAUCGAAGACGUGGCCUGGAGAGCGGCCAAACACACCUACCGCAAAACCCUGCUGGAGCAGGUUCAGGAGCUGGAGACCAAGUCCCGGGAGCUGGGGAGAGCUGCGCUGCGGGACAGCAACGGAAAGAGUGUGAACGAACGGGACCACCUAUUAAAGAGACUCGGCCGAAAGACCCCUCCAACGCUCUUCCGGGCUCACUCCAUCCAGCAAGGCGUGCCGCAUGGCUACGCAUUUUCCCAAGAGGAGCACGGGGUCGUUUCGCAGUCAGAAGUGGUCCGAUCCUACGACACCACCAAACAGAGAACCAGGCCGGCCUAGGCCUCCACCGCCACCGGCCCCGAGCGACUCCCGAGAGGACGGGACCGGAGCCAGAGGGAUCACCUGCAGGCCCUGGACUACGGUGGGUGGGAGGAGCCGGACCCUGCCAGCUCUUUUCUGUGGCCUUAGCCAGUACGUUUGUCCACUGUGUGUGUCCCCCCGUUCCCCGCACCCCUCGCCCUCCCCAGCGCUCCGCCACGCUCCUCUGUGUGUCGUCCCGAAGCCUCCGACUGUGCUCCGUGAGGUGUGAGAUUAAAGCCGCUGUUUUCCCGA